AUGUCAAGCGCACUACCGCAGUCGACUGCUCCGCCUUCGGCCGCCGCAGGCUCAUCCGGUGCAGCUCAAGCAGCAGCUUUUGCCGAGGACCCACGCGUCCAUUUCGACCGUGCGUCAGGGACAUGGCGCUUGGAGAAUGACGAUGGGAGUGAGUUGGAAUAUGACUCUGUGAAGGGUGUCUGGGUCCCUGUGGUCGAUGAAGAGCUCGUAAAAGCGCAACAAGCUGCAUACUCUGUGGCGGGUGUUGACGAAGAGACCCCUGCAGCCCCUGUCCUCAAGCGCACGAACAAGAAACGCAAGGAGCCGGAAGACUACACGUCUAGUACUGUGGGUCAGAUCGCAGGGCCUGCAGCCAAACGCGGGAAGAAGGGCGCCGCCUCGAUGUCCAGCGGGCAGGGGCAGCCUGAGCGCAAGUCCAAGAACACCGCCGUCUAUGUGACCGGCCUGCCACCCGACACGGAGGCGGACGAGAUCGUCACGCGCUUCUCCAAGUUCGGGCUAAUCGAGGAGGAUGACGAGGGCGCGCCGAAGAUCAAGCUAUAUGCCCGCGAUGACGGCACGUUCAGCGGCGACGCGCUUAUCGUGUACUUCAAAGAAGAGUCGGUCGAUCUCGCGGUGAGCCUCCUCGACGACGACGAGCUGAGGAUAGGGUUGCCGAGCACGCGCAUGCGGGUGCAACGCGCGGAGUUUGGGCACAAGCACGAGAAGGAGGGCGGGCAGGGCGAGAUGAAGCCGCGGAAGACAGUCUCAGACAAGAAGAAGGCGACGAAGAGAAUAGGCAAGAUGCAGAAGAAGCUCGGGGAAUGGGAUGAUGAAGAUGGCUUCGGGCCUGCUAUCACAGAGGAAGACAAAGUGCCUUUGGUUAACAAGGCCAGGGUGGUCGUUUUAAAGCACAUGUUCACGUUGCAGGAGCUCGAAGAGGAUGCAUCUCUACUACUCGACCUCAAGGAGGAUGUGCGAGACGAGUGCUCGUCACUUGGCGAAGUGACAAACGUGGUGCUUUACGAUAAAGAGCCUGAAGGUGUCAUGACCGUCAAAUUCCGAGAUUUGCUCGGUGCACAGGCGUGUGUCAUUAAAAUGAAUGGCCGCUUCUUUGCCGGGCGCCGAAUCGAAGCGUCGCUCUACUCCGGGAAGCAACGGUUCAAGCGCAGCGAUGACGAUAAGUUCGACGUUGAAGGGGGUGACGAAGGCGAGAGCAGGCGACUGGACGACUUCGCACAAUGGCUCAUGACCGAGGGAGACUGA